GUUGUGCUCAUGAUGUCAAUUUUUUUUUUAACAAGAAAGUUUAAAAGAAAUCUGGCAAAGAUUGGUUAACUGUAGCCAUCUUGCUUAGUGUUGACGCUUUUACUUCUACAGCAAUACACAUCAUGUCUUUUCCUGGACGAGCACCAAUGGGGAUGCCUGGAAUGGCACCUAGAAUGAUGGCACCUGGUUUUGCAUUUGCUCCAAUGACUGCUAUGCCAGGAAUGAAUUCAAUGAUGCCUAUGCAAAUGGGAAUGAUGACACCUAUGAUGAGACCUAUGAAUAUGAUGCCUACACAAAUGCCACCUAUGUCAAUGCAGCAACCCAUGAAACAGAACAAACUAGUACCUCAAGAAAUUCCAAAGUCAGAUUCUAAAGAAGAAAAACCUCCUGUAACAACAGUCUUUGUUGGUAAUAUUAGUGAAAGAGCUCCAGAUAUGAUGAUCAAACAAAUGUUACAAAGGUGCGGGAAUGUGUUGAGCUGGAAGAGAGUUCAGGGAGCUUCUGGAAAACUACAAGCUUUUGGGUUUUGUGAGUAUGAAGACCCAGAAGCAACUCUCAGAUGUAUUCGUUUGUUGAAUGAAUGGCAAAUAGCUGACAAGAAAUUAAUGGUGAAAGUUGACACUAAGACGAAAACAUUGUUGGAUGACUAUAGAAAGAAAAAAGUUGGUAGUGAGAGCACUGAUAAAAAGGAGACUGCUGAGAAUGGAGAAAAGAAGGAUGAGAAAGAAGAGGUGCAAAUCAAAAAAGAGGAGGAAGUGAAGGAAGAAAUUCCAGAAGAUCUUGAUGAGGAUAGCAAGAGAGAGGACAGAGUAGCAUCUGCAGGUCUUGAAGCAAUCAUGAGAGAGUAUGCUUUUGAAUUGGCCAAGGAACCUAUCAAACUAGCAGAACAAACUCCUGAAAAAGAAAAAACACUACCAAAAAAAGACAAGGAACUGCUUUUACAUGCCAAGGACACUGGCUUUGAGGACAUGGAAAUGGAAGAUGAAAAGAGAGAAAUUAUAAACAGAGAAAUCAAUAAAUUUCGAGAUCGACACAAGGAUGAUGAUGAAGAUAAAGAAAAAGAGAGCAAAGACAGAGAAAGAAACAUGCUUAGGGAAAGAGAGCAACGUCGCCAAGAGGAAAAAAGGCACCGUGAACGAUUGGAUAGGCUACGAGAUCAAAGGGAUCGUGAGGUGACUAGAGACAACAGAGAUCGGGACAGAGCUAGCACAAGGAUUUCUAGGUCUAGAUCACGAUCUUCUUCUCCACCCCCUUCCAGAUCAAGAAAAAGAUCACGCUCAAGAGAAAUGACAAGUAGAGACAGAUCUAGAGAAAGGAGAAAAGAAAAGGAAAUUGAGGAAGAAGAAGAGGCAUAUGAACGUCGAAAACUGGAGAAAAAAUUACGCGAAAAAGAAGCUGCUUAUCAAGAAAGGCUCAAAAAUUGGGAAAGCAGAGAAAGGAAAAAAUCCAGAGAAUAUGAAAAAGAAAAUGAAAGGGAAGAUGAAAGAAAAGCUGAAGAGGCUCGCGAAGCAAGAAGGUUGAAAGAGUUUUUGGAAGACUAUGAUGAUCUUCGGGAUGACCCAAAAUUCUACAAAGGUAGUGGGCUGAUGAGGAGAUUAAAAGAGAGGGAAAAAGAAAAAGAGUUGGAUAACAGAGAUAGACAGAGAGAGAAAGAGGAAUUUGAAGAAAUCAAAAGAAAGCUCUUUGAUGAAGGUCAUCCAGAUGCUGAAACUGAAGUUGCAAGGAUGGAAAGAGAAAGAGAAGAACAUCUUCAACCCCGGUUACAUUUACAAGAAAUCAAACAGCCUCAACAAAAAGCAAUGGUGGUAGAAUCAGAUUCAGAGGCAGAGCAGCCCCCAGAACCAGAGAAACCUGUUGAAGAGUCUCCCAAACCUCAACGCAGCCACUAUCAGCGACCACUCAAUCCUCCUGAACCCAAGCAUUCACCUUCGUUAUCAACAUCCCCCAUUUCUACAGAUUCACGGGUGAGCGCACCAGGACUUUUCAUGGAUGAAACAUCUCAAUCAUCUUUACCCGGUGUACAGGCAGUCUCUCGUCCCAGCGAAGAGUCAGUAACUGCUAGUAGGAUUAGAUCAGUACCAACAGCAAGUCCAGAUCCCACAAGUUUAUCUGGGACAAUAACUCAAAUAGAUGCUAAACGCAAAAAGUUAACUAUGGCUGAUGUGUUUAACCAAGAUGAUGAUGACAACAUGGAGCCCAAGAAGAGGAAGUUGAUUCCUAUAGAUUAUGAUGAUGAUAAGUCAAUGUCUGGGGACAAAAAAGCCACUGCUGAAGAGAAGAGACAGAAAAUAAAACAGUUGAUUGAAAGCAUUCCAACAGCCAAAGAAGAACUAUAUGCCUACACAGUAGAUUGGGAUAUUGUUGAUCAGAAUUUGAUGGACAAACGUAUUAAACCUUGGGUCACCAAAAAAAUCAUUGAGUACAUCGGAGAGGAAGAGCCAACAUUGACUGAGUUUAUCUGUCAGAAAGUUGUAGCCAAAAGUACACCUCAGAGUAUACAAAAUGAUGUGGCUAUGAUAUUAGACGAGGAAGCUGAAGUGUUUGUGGUUAAAAUGUGGAGGUUAUUAGUCUAUGAAACAGAAGCAAAAAAGUUGGGACUUGUUAAGUAAUAUUAUUUUACCAGAUUGUUUUGGGGAAUUAAUAGUAUAACACAAAAAGACCAUAUUUUUAAAAAAAAGUUAAUUUGUGAAUGAAAAUGCCUCAUUUUAAUGCAGCAAUAGUAAAUUAUGAAGAGUAUUAUUUGUUUAAUGAAAGCCAUUCAUUUGUGCAACUGUUGUAUGUAAAAGAAUUUCUUUUUGAUUGCCCAAGAAAUGUGAUUAACAGGAAGCCAUCAGUAAGCUUCUAAUAAUAUAUUUUUUUUGUUUCUUUUUUUUUUUUUUUUAAAUUUUAUGUAUCUGUUGUUGAUAAAUUGAAUACAAAAUCAUCAUUAAAAAACAUGAAAGUUCAUA